UAGCUCAGAAAGUACCGCCCCGGAAGAGGCAGGCUUUGUGAAGAUGGCGGCGCCGGGUAGUCCCGAGGUGCUGGAGUCAGACCUGCCAGGUGCUGUCACACUUUUGAAGAACCUUCAGGAGCAGGCGAUGGCUGUAACUGCACAAAUACAAGCUCUGACAAAAAAAGUUCAAGCUAGAGCCUACCCUACAGAGAAGGGUCUCAGCCUCUUGGAAGUAAAAGACCAGCUACUGCUUAUGUACCUUAUGGAUUUGACCCAUCUCAUCCUGGACAAAGCCUCAGGAGGGUCUCUUCAGGGACAUCCUGCAGUUUUGAGACUGGUGGAGAUUCGCACGGUUUUGGAAAAGCUUCGUCCCUUGGACCAAAAACUGAAGUAUCAAGUUGACAAACUAGUCAAGACUGCGGUGACAGGCAGCCUCAGUGAGAACGACCCACUCCGUUUUAAGCCUCAUCCCAGCAAUAUGAUGAGCAAGUUGAGCUCUGAGGAUGAGGAAGAAGAUGAAGCCAAAGAAGGCCAAUCUCCAGCUUCAGGGAAGAAAUCUGCAAAAGGAACGGUUAAGAAAUAUGUUCCACCACGCUUGGUUCCAGUACAUUAUGAUGAAACAGAAGCUGAGAGGGAGAAGAAGCGCCUAGAACGGGCCAAAAAACGGGCAUUGAGCAGCUCUGUCAUUCGUGAACUGAAGGAGCAGUACUCAGAUGCUCCAGAGGAAAUCCGUGAUGCUCGGCAUCCUCAUGUUACUCGCCAAAGUCAAGAGGAUCAACACAGGAUCAACUAUGAGGAGAGCAUGAUGGUGCGUUUAAGUGUCAGUAAACGUGAGAAAGGACGGCGAAAACGGGCAAAUGUCAUGAGCUCACAACUCCAUUCCCUCACACACUUCAGUGACAUCAGUGCUUUGACAGGAGGAGCCCCUCAUCUUGAUGAGGAUCAGAAUCCUGUUAAGAAGCGGAAGAAGAUACCAAAGAAAGGUCGGAAGAAAAAAGGUUUUCGGAGGCGGCGGUGAUUGUGGGUGUACAUGUUUAUAUUGUAUUUGUUGUCUUCCUGGGAUACUUCUAAUUUCACUGUAUGUAGGGUUUUGUUUUUUUUUUUCCCCUUGAAAUUCAUUGUUUGCUCUGGACAUAUGGAAAGAUCUUUAUUAAUAAAAUUGAUUUUACUUAUGAAUUGAA